AUGACAUAUAAACCAAUUGGGACUUCAAAUGGUUCCAUGGAUGUGCCAACGUCUGUGGAAGUGAAUUCAACUGCUAAAGUAUUGGUGUAUGGAACUAGGGGUGGUACGAUUACUUUCGUAGAAUUGUCUCCUAUGCGUGAACUGUGGUCAUUAACUGGACACCGUUCAAGCGUUCCAAGUUUAUGUUUCCUUGACGGAUUCCCCAGUAAACCUGAAAAUAUAAAAUCUCCUGAAAAGUUCAUUUCAGAACUUCGGUUAAUGAGUGCCUCAGAAGAUGGUGAUCGUCUAUAUCUGGGAUGCGUCUACCGUGAUUCACAAUGUUGA